AUGUCUCCCCCCUCUAUCUCUCUCCCUCUCUCCCAGGUCCAGGAUGAGUGCCAAACAUUUGUCAGUUGCUAUCCUCGUGCUGUGUGGGGCUGUUAGUUACCUGGAGGCUUCCUGCCUGGCUGGGCGGCAGCACAAAGGCACCCCGGGUCCCGAAGCUGAUCUCCACGAGUGCCCACUGUACUCAGACAAUGCUUGCUGCAGGGCCGAGAGCCUGAAGGAUGAUCUGCCUAACUUGCCGGGAGCCAGGAUCAAUGAUUUCUACUGGAACCGCUGUGGGCUGUUCAGCCCAAAGUGUGAGCAGUUCAUGAAACAGAUGGCCUGCUUCUACCUGUGCUCCCCCGACACUGCCCUUUGGGUUCACUCCAUCAACCCCACCAGCCUUCACAACGUCCCCCUCUGUCAGGGCUUCUGCGACCAGUGGUACAGUGCGUGUGAGAGCGACUUGACCUGCACUAAGGACUGGCUCACUGAGUGGAAGUCUAACACCUCUGGAAGCACCUGUUCUGGCAAAUGCACCCCCUUUGGCGAGGUGUACAAGGACGGUAAGGACCUGUGCGAGAGCAUGUGGGGCGAUUCCAUCAAGGUCAGAUCCUGCAACUGCCUGAACCUCAACGAGACGGACAAGGGGGUGAUCGAGACCCUGAGGCGCGCGGACAGCCGGGAGGACAGCACCAAGAGGUGCCUCGAGACCGAGGCCCCCUGCAGAGCCAGACGCAGCUCGCUCCUCAGAAAGCUCAGGCGUUCCGUCCGCAAGCGCUCUAUCUUCGUGGAGGAAAUGGAGGGGAGCGGGAGCGGCUUUCAGAGCGACUGAGUAGCUCAUUCCUACGCGCUGGGGUGUGUGUGUGUGUGUGUGUGCGUGUGUGUGCGCGUGUGUUAUUUUAUGAGAUAGCCGAAGCCCUCGUUAACAAAAUAUACCUUUCGCUGCGCUCAUACUGGUAAAAGUUAUCGACAGUUAGCUUCCCCCCGUGUUCCCUCUCCCUCUCCAAAAUGCGUCUCAGUUAUUCUCCAGGCUGGCUUGAGCAACAACCCAAUUCUUGCACGUCUCCGUCCCACCCUUUGGUGGGAACCCAUCCCGUCAACGAGCGAGACAGAGUUGAGCCCACAAAACACACAGUCACUCCACUUUACAGUAUAUC